CGAAAUUAUUCAGUCGGGGGAAAAAUUCUUUCAGUGAUAAAGACUAGCUGUACUUGGAUUAUUAUAAUUUGACUGUGUAACGUGAUCUAAAUUGAUGAAUUUCUAACAAAACGGUGUAUCUUAGAAUGUUAUUAGUGUGUGCGAUUCAGAAAGAAGUGAGAAAUCAUUUCGGACUUUAUAGGUAUUAGGUUCAGUGUCAUUGAAAGAUCACGAUGCGUAUCAGUUUUGUGUUAUAUUGGUGCGUAUUUGUUCAUAUUUGUAAUGGCAAUGAUGUGGACAGAGCAGAAGCAAGAGACAGCGGUCGAAGGGGAAAUUGGGGUCCCAUUUCCAGAAGCAGUUCCUUCAUGAGUGACGCAGCGGCUGUAUCCAAUGAGCUUUUAGUGGCAUGCAACAACGAGCCGUCAUGUCUCCAGGACCAUGCCGGAUUGGAGGCGAUCACGCAGCUCCAUCGGCAGCUGGAUGAUGACGCCAACGGCAAUGUUGACCUGAGUGAGAGUGAUGAUUUUCUACGUGAGGAGUUGCAGUACGACAGUGGGUAUGAGAAGCGACAACGGGCGUUUCAUCACAACGAUGAUAUGCACAUAUCUGUCAAGGAGCUUUGGGAGGCCUGGCUACGAUCUGAGGUCAGAAAUUGGACGGUGGAACAAACGGUAGAGUGGCUCUCGGAGUCUGUUGAUUUGCCUCAGUACAAGUCACUGUUCCUGCAACACCGCGUUGUUGGUGCUACAUUGCCGAGACUGGCUGUGAACAACAUGCAGUAUCUAAGCAACAUUUUGGGCAUCAAGGACCCGAUUCACAAGCAAAAGCUGGCUCUAAAGGCGAUGGAUGUCGUCCUCUUCGGACCACCUAAAGAAGGUAGUCGAUGGAAGGACUGGUUACUCGCGUCUUUACUUCUCGGUGCAGUGGUCGGAAGCUGGACGGCCUUGCGUGCUGGACGCGCAAGUCGUGUCCAAGUUCAAAGGAUGUUGAGGGAUAUGGAACAGCUUCGGAAGGCUGAAAUGGCGCUGGAUGAUAUGCAAAAGGAACUGGAGAAAGCUCGUUUGGAGCAGGAAAGUGUAACAACAGAGAAGAAGAAUUUAGAGAAGAAACUAAAAGAAGCAGGCGACACACCUUUAUUGAAUUCCACUUGGUCUGAUCUCGAAGUUUCGCAACUGAAAGCUGAAAUUGAAAUGCUCAGAGGAGAACUCCGAAGGGCGGAGGGCGAGUUGGAAGACAGGUGCUGGGCGCCUCCCGCGGGGCUGCAGCAGUGGCUACAGCUCACCCACGAAGUCGAGAACCGGGCCUACCUUAGGAAGAAGCAGCAGGCGGAUAUGCAACUGCAGCAGGCCAGGGAUGCGUGUGAGAAGUUACGCAAGAAACGCUCCAGUUUGGUCGGGGCGUUCGUUUCAACCCACGGGAAAUCGAUAGACGAUGUUGAUCGCUCCAUAGUCGAAGCUCGGACUGCGCUCAAUGAGGUCACACAGGAGUUACAGGAAAGAAUGCAUCGUUGGAAGCAAAUUGAACGAUUGUGUGGCUUCAACAUUAUCAACAACAACGGGCUCCAGUACUUAGAAAGCGCAUUGUACCGCACUGCCAAUGGACGACAACCUAACAGAGGUCGCGUUAAUAGUUCCCAAGACGACUUAAGUGCAGCCGAUGACACUUCGUUAUGCGGCUCAGUGUCAGAAACCUUCGGAUGGAAAGAGGAUUCGUCUGGAAGCGAAGCCGACACACCUCAUUAUCCUCUCGAUUUGAGGCUCGCCGAAGCCAGACUGCAACUAGAAGAACGUUUAGCGCAAGAGGCUCGUGAAGGCCGCAUUGAAGAAAGACGAGAAGAUAGGAGAUUAGCAGAUGAGAAGAGGAAUUCGUAUAAUGAUGUCAGAAAGAGCCCGGAUGAGAGACGAAGAGAUCCAGUUCAGUUUGUGUUGGGUGGUGACAAUGUUAACUGGACUGGUGAAGACCUAACUCGCGCCGUACACUCACAAUCCCAGCCACAACUUCGUGCCUCCAUGCGCAGCAUCGGCGCACCUCUACCCCCUCCGCGGCGCCCCUUUACCGGCCAAAUAGUACGCUCGCGCAGCACUGACAUAGUCCCGUACAAUCCAGAAGAACCCAGAGCUCCACCUAGACCUUUUACCAGACAAAAGCCUGUCCCAGAAGCAGAACAAGAGCCCAAUACGCCCCAAGAAGAAGAGUCCACAGAUUCGUCUCUUAUGGAGGAAGAUGGAGUUCCAAAACCCCGCAAGCGUCGUAUCAACCUGCCCUUCGGUAAGAAAUCCAAGACGCCCGCGUGACCUUGGCUAGGUUUGUAUCCUGUUAGAUUUUGCCCAGUUUUAUUGCCAAACACGGUUCAUAAUUGUUAAGAAGUCUUAAGGGUUUCGUGUAGGCGAGGCUUUAUUUGAAUCUAUGAUUUUGUAGUUGCCUUAGGAAGCAUUAGAACGGACGACUGUGACUGAGUCGGAUGAUCUGGGGAACUACGGAGCUUUAUAGAACUGAUUCAGUAUUAAUUCGAACUCGUGAAUGUCUUAAGGUACACUUUACAGUCUCAGUUCUACUUUGAUUAGUUCCAACUGAGACUUCCAAAUACUUGGUCGGGAUUUUAACAAUGUACUUUUAGUGCAAUUUUAAUUUGUUGUUUUGAUUUUUAAAGAACAUUUUUAGAUAUUUUUGCAAGUUUCUUUUUUAUUCCUAAGCACUUCUUAGUUUUAUUUGUAUUCCAUUUGAAACCUUUUGUGUGGACUCGUUGUCGUUAGUUGGAAUGUUUGCCCCAUUUUGUAUAUUUAUUAUAGCAAUACUAUGUUAAAACAAUUUAAGCUAAGCCCUGUAGAUGUGACACAUCUAAUAUAUUAUGUACAUAUAAAAAAAACAUUAUAGGAAAUAAAUAUGAAAUAAAAUAAAAAUCUCAUAAAAGGAUGAUGUUAUUUAAAAUCUGUAAUUUGUGUUAUUCAAUUGGAUGCUGCCUCCAUGAACCGCCAAGUCGUCCUAUAGAUGUUUCACAUCAAUUAUUAUUAAUCGCAUAUGUUAAACGCAUAACAAGCUCUUAAGCUACUCGAAAAUGAAGUUGAUAACUAGGGGAGGUUUCCGAAACACGACUUAGCGGUUACUGACUGCCGUACAUCAAUAAUAUAGAUUUUGACAUUCGGAAGUAAGACUUAGCGUCUUGUUCCAAAUAUCACCUAGAAACGCAAUUAUAUCGAAUCACUUCGAAUUGACUUUUUACGUAACUGUUUUCAAUAAUUAUCUGUUACGGGCCUAGCUUGUUUCCUUAUUAUAUUAUAUUAUAAUAGAUUUAAUAUAAGUAAAUUAAUUUAGUAGCAAUAAAUACGUUGAGGACAAAGCGUUCCUCAAUAGAAAUCCAUAGUGAGAUCUUAUGUUAUUGCAAACGUUGUAAAUAAGGUUGUGUUUAGGGCUGCUGUCUAAUCCAUAAUUACCGUUAGCGCUGUACAAAACCGCUUUUAGAAUACGCCAAGGUCAACCUAAGGACGGCAACCCUCGCGUUAUAGUUUGUAUUUCAUGGCGAUUAAGGGCUGUGACAUUCAAACUUUUAUAGGGAAUAUGCAUUAAUUAAAGAUGAAAUUAUAUUUAUAAAAAAUGUAUUUAUAAUAUCCAAUUUUAUUACUGCCGCUUUCAAAAUGAAAUGCAUUUUGCGUGGGAUGUAAUGUACAAGUCUAACAGAGGAGUCAAGAGAUUAACGACUAGAUAAUCGUUAAUCUAUCCAUAGAGAACAUCCAAAAAUUUGAGAACUUUGAUACAAAAUGGCUGCGUCAUGAAUAUAUGCAAUAUAUUAAUUAUGCAUAUUCCCUAUAUCAUUUCAAUAGUAUCGCAUCAUUCCCUUGUUUUAUUAGUUUGAUAGCGAUAUUGCCCGGUAGCUGAGUAGAUUAAUUUUAAGUAUUUUGGUGCUAAAUGGACUCGUAGACUGAAAACCGAAUGGCUUGAGUUACUAUUCCUGGAACUAAGGUUAAGCUUCAGAAUCGAGCGCUUAGUAUGAUUCCCGUAUGAGAAAAACUUAUUUGAUUUUGAGAUACAGAAGUCCUAGUUCGCGCUUAUUGUCUUCUCUGGAACUUACCCUUAUUAAAUUUGUAUGCGUCUAUUUUGUGUAUUUUGAAAAAUUUUAUUCUAUUGACAACUGAAUUUUAUUGUUAUACGUUAAUCAGAAUUAUUGGUGUUUGUGGUUUUUAUCCGUUAAUAAUUCAUAAAAUUUACAUGACACAAAUGACAUUGUACUUAACUUUAAAUUCUAAGCCAAACCUCGUUUUCAGUUGCCGCAAAUUGUCACAAAAUGCAGAGUUGCCAUGUGUUAAUUUUAACCUAGCUGAAUAUUUGCAAUAGUUUUAUCGAGAUCUGAAAAAGACAAUCGUGAUAAGUUGUUACUUCUUUUAAAAAGAUAAUAAAUUGGUACUGAAAAUGUU